AUGCGAAGAGACCUAUUCGAUGACUGGCCCCGACAAGAGAAGCGAACCGCGCGGAAAGAAAAGGGUCUCCCAGCGUCACCAGAAGUAGCAGUCAUCGCGAAGGUCCUCGAAGAGAUCGUUGAGGUAGUCAAGACGUAUGUAGACUCACCAAUUUCGGCCCUAAUUAGCUUUCCCGCACUGCCAGGCCUCUAUCAGGAAGACAUCAGGGACGCAGCGGACUAUGUCGGCCUCGCGAAGUUGGGUCCGUGGCUAGAGGCAACACAUCCGCACGAGGACGUCGCCGCAUACGCAGGAAACGGUCUAGGUCUCUGUAAAGACUACCACAACGAAGAGAAAUGCCGUGAAGAGGGGAAGAAUUUCACGUCUCGCCAUACGCUACUGGUCGAACACACUGAGUCCGCGCUUCUUCUACACCAUAACAUCCUUCGCGAACCCAUCGAGACAUCGUACCUAUAUAUGGAUCUUGCAACCUCAUUCGACUUGGGCAGUGGUGGUGAGCCCGACGAACUGGACAUACAAGAUUUUGUCCUAAGUUUCUUGUAUCACCAGUAUUACUACCCGACGCCUCAUCCUCCCGACUCAAUUACUGUGAUGAUGACGGGUAGUCCCGAAAGUCUCAGCGAUGGGAAAGCUCGGAGGGUUACGAAACGUGUCAUCGAGGCGCUAGGCGCAAAAGCUGAGAUGUUAGAAGAGAACCCUAGCUUCAAAGCUGCAAGAGGCGCAGCUGAGCUAGCAUGGCGAGCAUUGAAGUUCAGUGAAGGGUUGCAAUCGUGA